AUGCAGAUCUUCGUCAAAACCUUGACCGGAAAAACCAUAACCCUAGAGGUUGAGAGCAGCGACACCAUCGACAAUGUUAAAGCCAAAAUCCAGGACAAAGAGGGAAUACCGCCUGAUCAACAGAGGUUGAUAUUUGCUGGUAAACAACUAGAAGAUGGUCGAACAUUGGCGGACUACAACAUCCAGAAAGAGUCUACUCUUCAUUUGGUCUUGAGGCUUAGGGGUGGGACCAUGAUUAAGGUGAAGACUCUCACAGGAAAAGAAAUUGAAAUUGAUAUUGAACCGACUGAUACUAUCGAUCGGAUCAAGGAACGUGUUGAGGAGAAAGAAGGCAUCCCUCCUGUUCAACAAAGGCUCAUCUACGCGGGAAAACAGCUAGCUGAUGACAAAACGGCGAAAGACUACAACAUAGAGGGAGGAUCUGUUCUUCAUCUGGUUCUUGCUCUUAGGGGUGGUUUUGGUCUUCUCUGA